GCGGGGUGCGCGCAGCGGGCGGUGUUUUUUCGCUACGGCGUGCUCCACAGGCGCAGCGCUAGGCCGGCGACGCGCGCGCGCGUUGAGUGAUUGCAAGCAAGCGACCGUCGCUCUCGCGUUUCUCGCCCCCGGAGUCGGAGACGCUGUGCACGGCCGCCACGGCGCCGUGGUUCCGGCCGUAGCCCGCGAUGGCUCACCAGAAUGGCCCCACCACCAACGGGGUUCGGAUACGUCGCACCCUGAGCCUGGCUAACGCACUGCAGAUCCAGGAAUACGAAGCCAAAGAGCGCCGCCUCGCCCCCGACUCGCCGAUUCACAAGCCAUGCGACUCUUUAUUCAGCAGUUCCCGCGGUUGGACCAACUACCGUGGCCUCUUCAACUUUUGUAUCAUAUUGCUGGUGUUAUCCAACAGCAGAGUGGCCUUGGAAAACCUUAUCAAAUAUGGAAUCUUAGUUGACCCAGGGCAAUGGGUGCGGUAUCUGCUACUGGAUCCCAGAGUAUGGCCUCCAGUUUAUGCUACACUGGGUCUUAACCUGUGCAUAUUGUGCUCAUUGGUCAUUGAAAAGCUGUUGGCUGCGGGCCGGGUGUCUGAAAGCAUGGCCAGGAACUUGCGGGUUCUCAACCUCUCUUCUAUCCUUCUCAUUCCACCUGUGGUGGUAUUCGUGUGGGACUGCAAUCCUGUUGCUUCAUCGCUGGCAUUGGGUUGUGUGACAGUGCUGUUCCUUAAGCUGGUCUCAUACCACAUGGUGAACCUGUGGUGCCGUCAACAGAGAGCAUCGCGCAAGCACCACCGGCGGAGGUCCUCGUCUGGCAAUGACCAGAUAACCCAGGGGGUGAAUGGACGCACCACCAAUGGCCACAUGACAAAGUUUGUCAUCUACCCUGAUAAUUUGAACCUGUAUGAUAUUUAUUAUUUCAUUUUUGUGCCAACCCUCUGCUAUGAGCUCAACUUUCCACGGUCAUCAAGAAUAAGGAAGCGCUUCCUGUUUCGGCGUUUUCUGGAAUCUUUAUUGCUGUUGCAGCUGAUCCUGGCCUUGGCCCAGCAGUGGAUAGUACCCAUUAUGGAAAACUCACUGAAGCCUUUUCAGGAGAUGAAUUUCCCUGCAAUGCUUGAAAGACUCCUUAAGCUAGCGGUUCCUAACAUACUAAUUUGGUUACUUGCAUUCUAUUGGUUCUUCCAUUCAACGCUGAACACAUUUGCUGAGCUCCUGCGCUUCGCUGACAGAGAGUUCUACAGAGACUGGUGGAAUGCAGACACUGUGCAGUAUUUUUGGCAAAACUGGAACAUUCCAGUGCACAGGUGGUGUCUGCGCCACCUCUACAAGCCUUUGGUUGCUUCUGGCAUGUCAAAAGACCGGGCUUGUGUAAUGGUGUUCCUCCUCUCAGCAUUCUUUCAUGAGUACCUUGUCAGCGUUCCCCUGAAAAUGUUCAGAGUGUGGGCCUUUUUUGGUAUGCUGGCACAGGUGCCUUUCGCAUUUGUCAUUGACAACUGCUUCCGCAACCGGUACAACAACCUGGGUAACAUGGCUGUCUGGAUUUCACUCAUAAUUGGCCAGCCUUUGGCUAUACUGAUGUACUAUCAUGACUAUUACAUAAUCAACUAUGGCACAUCACGUACUGUCUGAUCAUCUUGUGUGCAAGCACAGACUGCUGCAGUAAUGAUUAUUAGCAGGUGAACCAGCUGUGCCAGUUUGUCAUAAUGAAUAUCAGAAUGGUGUAUACUCCAACUUUCUCUACCAUUUUUUCAGAGUACAAGUGCUGCUGUGAUCCAUGGAUGUAUAGAUGUGCAGCAUGUGCAUCAGUUGUUUAGCUGGAAAUGCAUAGUGAUCUCUUUUUUUUUUUUUUCUGUCAUUCUUCACGGAGAGCGCUUGAUACCAACUUAUCAAGCAGGAUACCCAACGUGCAUUGUAGCACUAACAUGUUUGCACCAAUACUGUUGUCUUGUUCAUGAGACUAGUUAGCUUUGCUAAUUUCAUAUGAAAUGUGCAUGCGAUUUAAGAGAAGCUUCAUUACUUCCUAUUUGUAUUGAAUGUAAUCGAACCUCUCAGAUUAUUCACGUUUCUAUUUUUCAGUUUUUCUAAGCUGAAAAGGACCCAUGUACUCUUGCUAAAGAACAACAAAUGUGACAUUGGUUUUCAGUGUUUUCUUAAGCAGGAAAAAGCCGUUUAGGCACGAGAACACAUCUUUAAACAUAUUGUUAACCUGUCCUGUUCUUCAUAACUUAGUCUUAUGGUCAGUGUCAGUAUUGGUGUUUUGUGAACACCAAUUACCUGGUGCACAGAAGAGCGUCUGUCUUGCUUAUAGAUGAAAUUGCAGCUCAAACAUUGCCCCAAAUAGCUCUUACGCAUAUUGAAACAAUAUGUAAAACCAGCAAGAAUGUGGGAAUUUUCUCCAUUAUAAAUAUAAGGUGCAGUGGUAACGUAACUUUAGUGAGCUGCUUAGGUUAUUUAGUGGCAGCUCUGCUAGGGCUUUUAUUGCCCGCAAGGCAUGAAAACGCUCAACUGUUGUGUGUGUCUCAUUCAGCAUGAAGCACUGAAUGGGGAGACUGCUUCGUACGGCUCCUCACUUAAAAAUGUUUUCACCAAUUGUAUUUCUUUUUUACCUUUGCACAUUUAUUAAGUUUUAUGUCCAAUUGGCAAGCCCAACAGUUUAUAUUUUCUUAGCAUGUACAGUACUUAUUGAGCAAAAAUGUUCCUUACAUUGUGGCCUCAACUGAAGCCAGCUGUUACUAGUUCAGUGCAGGCUUUCUUAUUGGCAGGCUUAUUUACUUGCAUGGUACUCUUUUCAUUGUCUUUAUAAAUUUGGUCUGUGUGUUCUGUUUAUUUCCAUCUGUACAUCCUAUAACCCCAAGAACUUCCCUUUGAAAGUUUUGUUUAAAAGCCCUGCAAUGUCAACUUCACAGCUUAGGCUAUAAAAUUUCAGAAAAACAAACCAAGUAGAUGCUGUUCAUCUCUAGAAGUGUGAUUGUGGAAACCACUAAUGUCUGAUAACUUGCCUGUUUUGUAAAGAGUGCAUUGAUUAAGAAUAAAUGAAUGCUAUAAACUUGUAUCCGACUUCAACACAGCACACUAAUUUAAGAAUUUGAGGCUGAAAUGCAUUAAAAAAAACACACACACACACACAAUUCAGUGUUCAUGGAAUUAGGUUGCUGUUCAUACUUGAAGUACAAAUGCUAUUUAUGUGACGUAGGAACCAACUUGUCAUAAAGCUAUGCAUCAACUACAUCAGUAUACAAGGUAUUAGAAAACGCCAGUGCCCUAAAAAUAAAUUUGCAUCUGUGAAGUAGAAAUAGUAGAGCAAAGCAAUACACCUGGUCUCACAUUCUACGGCUUUAAUCUACAUAAUAACCCCCUGUCACUCAUACUAAUGCAUUCUUGGGCACCAAAAAGCAGUUUUCUAAUGACAGAACAAGAAACAGCUGCGAUAUUUAUGCUGUGCUUCUCUAGGCGUUGCUUUUUAAAAUGGGAACCAUUACAUUGUGUGACAAAAAAUAUGGUGUCUAUUUACACAAUUCAUUAUGGCACUAACCACAUAAAUUGCAGCUUGUCACAAUAAGCUGAUAUUAUUUCUUUGCAUCAUGUCUAUCUGAUGCUGUUCAGUGUACCAUAUAAGUGCAAUAUAUUUUUUUUAAAGGCGCGUAGGUACCUGGUAAAAAAAUGGGAAUUCUUCUGGUCAUACCUCUCAUUCAAAAACACAUGCUUGUGUUACUCCACGUUGUGAGUCAACAUUUUUUAUAUCGAACAGAUUUAUAAAAAAGCCCUUUGUUACUCCCCCUUUCCAAAGUAAGUGAUAGCAUCAAAUUAGUUUAAUUUGCGAGAUCUUUCAUUGUGGUGAUACAUUGCAUACAGUAAUUCCCCAUGUCAUUCAUGAUUACAAGGGUGGCAGAUUGGGCUAGUUCGUAGACCAUUAUUGUUACAGAAGUGUAUAUAGCAUGAAGCAGGGAACAGGAUGACGAAAGACAAACAUGCGCACAAGUUGGUAGUUAGCAUUCAUGUUUGCCUUUCAUUGUCGUGUUCUUGGUGUCUCGCUAUACACUGCGGCAAUAAAAAUCCAAUUGAACAUGUA